AUGUCGGAUUAUGGGGGGGAUGAUGGGAAUAGAUAUGAUUUUGAUGAACCAACAUUGGAUGAUGAUGACUUUUUACCAUUACCAGAAGAAGGAAUUGAUGAGAAUUUAGAUGAAAUAAAUGAAGAGGAAAUAGGCGGUUCUAGAGGAUUAAAUGGAUUAGGACAAGAUGUGGAUAUGAUGGAGAGUAAUGAGUCAAAAGCUCGAUUCUCGGGAAGUCGAGGAAAAGGAAAGGCAGUUCUUCCUGAAAAUAGAGUGACAACGCCAUAUAUGACAAAAUAUGAAAAGGCAAGAAUUUUGGGUACACGUUCACUUCAAAUAAGUAUGAACGCACCAGUAUUGGUAGAUUUAGAAGGAGAAACGGAUCCUUUACAGAUCGCUAUGAAAGAAUUAAGCCAAAAAAAAAUUCCACUACUUGUUCGAAGAUAUCUUCCAGAUGGGAGUUAUGAAGAUUGGGCUGUAAGCGAAUUGAUUACUGAGUGA